CAACCAGUCUUUGGCAGACCCAAGCUAGAUGGCCACACAAGACUCCCCUAGGAAGCUGUGUAAGAAUAAGCCCCAGGAACCUUGGGAAAGCAGAGGUGUCCCUGCACCUGAAGAGAGUACUGAGAGGCAGGUGGUGAGGGAGAAGAGGCCUCCCAUGGCCCAGGGUUCUGAAAACCUGCAAAUUAAACUUCCAUCCGACAGAACAGAGCCAGUGCUGCCACUGGGUGGUGAAGCCACUUUCGAAAGUAGCCCAGUGAAGGAAUCUUCAGAUCCCCUUGUCCACAAUCAGAAAGACACUUCAAAAUGCAAGUCAGGAUUGGUCAGCUACAGCCACCAGAGAGCUCACCCAGAGCAGAAGUCCUGUCACUGUGGUGACUGUGGGAAGUCGCUGCGCACCAGCCCAGAUGCUGGUCCCUAUGGGAAGCACCAUUCUGCAGAAAAGCCGCACAAAUGUGACCAGUGCAGAAAAGGCUUCAGUCAGAGGUCAGAGCUCCUGCUGCACCAGAGAUGCCACAUAGAAGAGAAGCUCUACAUGUGUACACAGUGCGGCAAGGGCUUCACCAGGAGCUCCAGCCUGCUCGUCCAUCAGGCCAUCCACACUGACGAGAAGCCCUACAAGUGUGAUAAAUGCGGCAAGGGCUUCACCAGGAGCUCCAGCCUGCUUAUCCACCAUGCAGUCCAUACUGGCGAAAAGCCAUAUAAGUGUGACAAGUGUGGCAAGGGCUUCAGCCAGAGCUCCAAGCUGCACAUCCACCAGCGUGUGCACACAGGGGAGAAGCCCUAUGAGUGCGGGGAGUGCGGCAUGAGCUUCAGCCAGCGCUCCAACCUGCACAUCCACCAGCGUGUGCACACUGGGGAGAGGCCCUACAAGUGCGGGGAAUGCGGCAAGGGCUUCAGCCAGAGCUCCAACCUGCACAUCCACCGGUGCAUCCACACUGGUGAGAAGCCCUACCAGUGCUACGAGUGUGGCAAGGGUUUCAGCCAGAGCUCGGAUCUCCGCAUCCACUUCCGGGUACACACUGGGGAAAAGCCCUACCACUGUGGCAAGUGUGGCAAGGGCUUCAGCCAGAGCUCCAAGCUCCUCAUCCACCAGCGCGUGCACACUGGGGAGAAGCCCUAUGAGUGCAGCAAGUGCGGCAGGGGCUUCAGCCAGAGCUCCAACCUGCACAUCCACCAGCGUGUGCACAGGAAGGACCCUGACUCGUGACACAAUCUAGUGCUGUGAAGAAUUCCUGUUUCUAGCAUAUCUCUUACCUUUCUGUUCUUCAAAGGAGAAAGAUAAGAGUCAGUCAGACAUGCCCUCACUGAAAAGUCAUUUGUUCAUUCAAAGCACCAAGCACUUAAUUACGCUACAGUUGGUGGGGUGUUCUGGUCCCUCACAUGCUACAGUGAAACAGCUACAUUUCAGUUCAGCCAGUGUCAUUAGAAAUACAUAUUCACCUAGCAUUUUUAACUGCAAAACUUUAUAUUUUAUUUGUCCAGGUAGAGCAUGUUUUCCUUUGUUCACAUUUUGUGCAAAAUUGGAAUACUUGUUUCUCUUCAAAUGGUGUGCCUAGUGUUUUUCAUAGCUUCUUUAAUCCUGAGCAGCCUGCCCUAAACUCUGAUUCUGUAUUAUAUCCAUUUUAGGCUGGGAGGGGUCAAGGUUGGAGACACAAUCAACAUCAAAAUCUCCUGUGUUUAAUGCCAAAUGUAUGUUAGUUUGUGGCUACACAAUAAGGAACUGGAGAAGUUACUCCUAUUAUAGACCCCAUACAAUGUUAUAACAGAAAUCCUGUAUACACACACACCUCUGCCCCAGGUAGCCCUUUGGGAACAUAGUUACUUUUCCUGAAUGUAGCCAGUUCAUUGGGUACCUCCACACUGAAGGCCAAGGAAGGUCCAAAGCAAUAUGCCCAAGGCAGGUACCAGUAAAACUGGCACUGAACAGUGGUUCUGAGAGGUGACACUAGCAGUUAAGCUCCAGAUAGAGCUAGGAAAGGCUGGCAUGGGGGCAUGUGGAAAUUAAUUGGCAAAGGCUACAGAAACCAUAUCAAAGCUUGAAAAACUAAAGCAGAAAAAGUAACGAUUUUUGUUAUUUUUCUCCAGAUAGCAUUAAAAUUCUGGGGAAGUAUUUUUUACAUUUGUAAAACAAUAGCAAGAAAGAUCAUCCGUAAGUGAGAUCCUAGAGAGAAGCUGGUUGUGGUAGUGCACACCUGUAGUCCCAGCUACUUUGGAGGUGCAAGUAGGAGGACCACAGGAGCCAAGGAGUUUUGAGACCA